AUGGACCCCACUUAUUCGACACUCCACUGGGUCAUAGCACUGAGUCUUGCUGGCCUCAUCUCUUACUCCUUCAUCACCAAUGCCCUCCGCCCGCACUCUUCGCGACUGCGACAUCUCCCAGGACCAGAGGAUCAUCAGCUUCUCGUUGGUCAUGCUUUGCGCAUCCUCCGCGGCGCGGGCCCAAACGACCUGUACCUCCAGUGGAUGCGACGCUGGCCUGACGCGCCUUUCAUCAGGUGUCUCUCCUGGCUGAAUCAAGAGGUUUUACUCGUGAAUAGCCUCGAAGCGUGUCGGGAGGUGCUGCAGACGAACGCAUACCUGUUUGCCAAACCAGGCUUUUUCCACACUUUGGUAGGGGAGUUUUUGGGUGUCGGGCUGUUGUUCAGUGUUGGGGAUCAGCACAAGAGAUUGAGGCGCAUCAUUGCAGGACCGUUAUCGCGACCGAGUAUACGAAAGCUGUUUCCGACGUUCGUGGCCUACUCCGACAAGCUCAAUCGCGAGAUCGAAACGUCCUUGGGGCGGACUGAUGAUGGAACCAUCGAGAUCGAAGACCUCAUAACCCGCGUCACGCUCGACAUUAUCGGUGUCUCCCUCCUCGGCAAAGAACUACGCGACUUUCGCUCCCGGUCCUCCCCGCUAUCCUUCGAACGAUGCUACAACGACAUUCUUGCACAGCCUAUUGCUGGGCAGAUUAUAAGCUUCGUCAAUCCAUUCAUCCCGCUGCGGUGGCUGCCUGUGUCUGCCAAUCUGAACUUCAUUCGCGCCAAAGCUUCGCUGAGGACCAUGAUGGCGGAGCUGAUUGAGCAACGCACUGCUGAGGUGGAGGCUGCAAGCGGAGAUGAGCUCUCGGACGACUUGUUGACAAGAAUGAUUGAGGCGAGCGCUGGGGAAAGGCAGAGGCUAUCGAAGGACGAGUUGAUUGAUAUUACCAUGCAGGUUAUUGCUGCCGGGCACGACACGACCGCCAGCGCUUUAAUCUGGACGGCAUACGCACUUGGCAAGAACCCCGCGUCGCAGGAUCGUUUACGAAAAGAGAUCCAAUCGCUAGAUACGAACGACAUGUCCGCCAAAGCGAUAGACGAACUGCCCUUCCUCGAGAACGUCGUCCGCGAAUCCCUACGCCUCUAUUCCCCGAUCAUAAUGAUACCCUGGGAAGCCCAGACGGACAUGACCGCCGCGGGGGUUGACAUUCCCCAAGGCACGACGGUACAAAUAGUACCAGCCAUGAUCCAACUCAAUCCUCACAUCUGGGGCGACGACGUCGAGACAUUUCGGCCGGAACGAUGGGAGGGUGCUGCUCUGAGUCCAUAUGCCAUGGAAAUAUUCUCCAACGGGCCACGGAUGUGUCCCGGCAAGGCGCUGGCGAUGUUGAACUUCAAGGUUUUGCUGCUGGGGCUGGUUAGGGAUUUUGAGAUGGAGGUUUUGGGGGAUGUGGAGAUGAGGAAUCCGAGUUUGACAUUGAAGGCGAAGAAGCCGAUCUUGUUCAAGGUUCGGAGGGUUAAUGGGUGA